AGGUUCUUGGAAGGCAAGAAGAAGCUUUACAUUCUGGUCAGAAACAAUGGGGAGAGGCAAACCUGUGCUAUCUAAAGAGCAGACUGGAGAGAAAAUACUGUUACUGGGAGAGAGGGACAUUUUAAUUCUGGACUAUUCACAUUCCUGAAAGAUGCCCCAUUUGGGGGGACACCGCCCGGCUACGCGUACGAUGCCGACCGCGCCGAGGAGCAGAGGAGACACCAUGACAUGAUGCCCUACAUCGAUGACUCGCCAUCAUCCUCACCCCACCUCAGCUCCAAGAGUCGGGGCAGCCGAGACACUCUGUCCUCAGGCUCUCUGGAAUCUACAAAAUCAAGCGAGCCAGACCUGGAGAAAGGCCUGGAGAUGAGGAAAUGGGUCCUGUCAGGAAUCCUAGCCAGUGAGGAAACCUACCUGAGCCACCUGGAGGCCCUGCUGCUGCCCAUGAAGCCUUUGAAAGCUGCUGCCACCACCUCUCAGCCUGUGCUGACCAGUCAGCAGAUUGAGACAAUAUUCUUCAAAGUGCCUGAGCUCUAUGAGAUCCACAAAGAAUUCUACGAUGGGCUCUUUCCCCGAGUGCAGCAGUGGAGUCACCAGCAACGUGUGGGAGACCUCUUCCAAAAGCUGGCCAGCCAGCUGGGAGUGUACCGGGCCUUUGUGGAUAACUAUGAAGUUGCUAUGGAGACAGCAGAGAAAUGCUGCCAAGCCAAUGCUCAGUUUGCUGAAAUCUCUGAGAAUCUAAAGGCCAGAAGCACAAAGGAAUCCAAAGAUCAGACGACGAAAAAUUCCUUGGAAACCCUACUGUACAAGCCCGUGGAUCGAGUGACUCGCAGCACACUUGUCUUGCAUGACUUGCUCAAGCACACUCCAGCGAGCCACCCCGAUCACCCACUCCUGCAGGAUGCUCUGCGCAUCUCCCAGAACUUCCUCUCCAGCAUCAACGAGGAGAUCACUCCUCGUCGGCAGUCCAUGACUGUAAAGAAGGGGGAGCACCGGCAGCUGCUGAAGGACAGUUUCAUGGUGGAGCUGGUGGAGGGGGCCCGCAAGCUGCGGCACGUCUUUCUUUUUACUGAUCUCUUCCUGUGUGCCAAGCUCAAGAAGCAGAUUGGAGGGAAAAGCCAGCAAUAUGACUGCAAAUGGUACAUCCCACUCACUGACCUCAGCUUCCAAAUGGUGGAUGAGUCUGAGGCAGUGCCCAAUAUCCCACUGGUACCUGAUGAGGAGCUGGAUGCCAUGAAGAUCAAGAUAUCCCAGAUCAAGAACGACAUCCAGCGGGAGAAGAGGGCCAAUAAAGGCAGCAAGGUCAUCGAGAGGUUAAAAAAGAAGCUGUCAGAGCAGGAAUCCCUCCUACUGCUGAUGUCUCCCAACAUGGCCUUCCGGGUGCACAAUCGCAACGGGAAGAGUUACACGUUCCUCAUUUCAUCAGACUACGAGAGGGCAGAGUGGAGGGAGAAUAUCCGGGAGCAGCAGAAGAAAUGCUUUAAAAGCUUCUCCCUCACAUCAGUGGAGCUCCAGAUGCUGACAAACUCCUGUGUGAAGCUUCAGACAGUCCACAACAUUCCCCUCACUAUCAAUAAGGAAGAUGAUGAAUCCCCGGGUCUCUAUGGAUUCCUGAAUGUCAUUGUCCACUCUGCCACAGGAUUCAAGCAAAGCUCAAAUUUGUACUGCACCUUAGAGGUGGAUUCUUUUGGGUAUUUUGUGAACAAGGCCAAAACCAGAGUUUACAGAGACACCACAGAGCCCAACUGGAACGAGGAGUUCGAGAUUGAGCUGGAGGGCUCACAGACACUGCGGAUCCUGUGCUAUGAAAAGUGCUACAACAAAACCAAGCUCACCAAAGAGGAUGGAGAGAGCACAGAUCGCAUCAUGGGGAAAGGGCAGAUCCAGCUGGACCCGCAGGCACUGCAGGACAAAGACUGGCAGCGCACGGUCAUCUCAAUGAACGGGGUUGAGGUGAAGCUGUCGGUGAAGUUCACCAGCCGGGAGUUCAGCCUCAAAAGGAUGCCGUCCCGCAAACAGACCGGCGUGUUUGGGGUCAAGAUCGCCAUCGUCACCAAGAGAGAGAGGUCGAAGGUGCCUUACAUAGUGCGGCAGUGCGUGGAGGAGAUCGAGCGGCGCGGGAUGGAGGAGGUGGGAAUCUACCGAGUCUCCGGGGUUGCAACGGAUAUCCAGGCUCUGAAAGCUGCCUUUGAUGUCAACAACAAGGACGUGUCAGUGAUGAUGAGCGAGAUGGACGUCAAUGCCAUUGCGGGCACCCUCAAGCUGUACUUCCGCGAGCUGCCCGAGCCCCUGUUCACCGACGAGCUGUACCCCAACUUCGCCGAGGGCAUCGCACUUUCAGAUCCUAUUGCAAAGGAAAGCUGUAUGCUGAAUUUGUUGCUGUCGCUUCCAGAACCCAACCUUGUGACAUUCCUUUUCCUUUUGGACCAUUUAAAAAGGGUUGCUGAGAGGGAAGGUGUUAACAAGAUGUCCCUGCAUAAUCUUGCCACUGUCUUUGGACCAACACUGCUCAGACCUUCGGAGAAGGACAGUAAAAUCCCUGCUAACCCAACCCAGCCCAUCACAAUGACUGACAGCUGGUCACUGGAAGUCAUGUCCCAGGUUCAAGUUCUUCUGUACUUCCUGCAGCUGGAGACCAUCCCCACCCCGGACAGUAAGAGGCAAAGCAUUCUCUUUUCCACAGAGGUGUAGGUGCCUGCGGUACCGACGGGACACAAAAAACUGCUCUUGGCAGGACUCUGCCACCCCUGAGAAAAAGCUGACUGGUGUUUCCUCAGACGUGACUGGCCUGUUCCUGUGCUGGGGAAUUCGGGCCCUCAGUGCUUCUGCUGUUUGUGAACCAGACACAAGCUGGAGAAAAAGGAGAAAACCCUCUCCCCGUGCUGGUAGGACCAGAACUAAGCGGAGAUGGAGCUGUGUGGAAUCUCCACUAGAAGGAGCAAUAGACACUCGAACAAAUGUACCACGGAGUGUGGCCAUUAUUCUUGUUGGGAAUGGGACAGAAGGUAUUCCUCAUUUUAUGGAUUUAAUUUAUCAUAAAGAAACUUCAAGAUUUCUACUGGACCACUUGAUAGGACACCCCUUUUUGGGUGAGGGGGUGUUAAAGGAUAUAUCACAACUGUGUCUUUAAUAACUGCUGAUUUUCAAGUACUGUUCUAGGCCACAAAAAUAGCAUUGCUUUGCAAGAGGAAGGAGAAGGGAAGGGUCUGGGAUCUAAGAUUCCCUCCUCAGAAAUUCGAGUCUUGAUUCAAAUAGGGUUCUAAAGAAAACAGUUUUAUGUACAACUAGAACUGUUUGGGGGCUGGGAUUUUUUUGUGUUUGGGGUUUUUUUUUGUCUCACCCAGCCCUUCAGAUGCAAAUGCUUAUACACCCCGGGGAAGGAGAUGCCCUGCUCUUGCCUGUGUUGCACUUCUGAUGGGUUUUUUGGGUUAAGGGAGACACAUCCAAUGAAGUUACACUAUAAAUAAAUACAACAAAUUAAAGAGAGGCAGGGAGGAUAAGAGUCAGUGAUUCCAUUGGUUUUUUGCAUGUAAAAGCAGGAGCAACGUUAUCCAGGAAGGAUUACUACAUUCCUUAGACCCCACCAAACUCAAUGAAAAUUAAUUGGGAAGACACUUAAUUCCCAACACUCCAAAGAAAAUAUGUUAUCACUGCAAAAGUAAUUGAAGAAUUUGUGGACAAAAAAAAAAAAAAAAAGAAUGGCUCUCAGUUUGGCUGGCUGCUUACUCCAGACAGAACAUCUUUUUUUUUUGAUACUUGAAUUUUUGGAGGCUUUGUAAGUUGCUUCUACAAGAGUCUUUUUCUGAUAGAUACAAACACUCUGAAAAAUGUGUCAGAAUGUACUUCAUGGACAAUCUAGCAAGUAGCAUGCAUUGUGGAGUCUCCAGAAAUUCCAACCCUGUUUUAAAUAAGAGCAGUGGAGAAAUUUCUGUGGAACUCCAUCCAGCAGUACAAAAGGUCUGGCCAAACACCAAUUUUGUGUUUCCCUCCCUAAAUCAGUUGAAGCCACAGGGGAUCCAGAGGCAGAAAGGGCAGCAGUAUUUGUGCAGGGAAUUGAAACUGCAGAACCUGACUACUGGUAUCCAGAGUGUUCUGGCUAUGGAGCAGCUGUGCCAAACAUCCCCAGGGGUGGGAGCGAUGCUGCUUUCCGAAACUACUCCAGCCCCCACUUCCUACUCAGCUCUGCAGCAUCUAGGUAGUGGCAUCUGUCCAUCACUGUCCUGGCAAGAAGAAAAGUACAGCUGGAAGACAAGGGAAGGACUCGGCACAAGAAGGAGAGGGAGGGACAGAUUCGGAAAGAUUGGUAGGGUCAGGUUGUGAACAUCAAUCGUGGGGAAACGCGACCCAGAAAGCAACCCCUUUGUGUGGAAUUGCACAUUUCCUGAUGGGUGAUCUGCAAUCUCUCAGUUAAAAAAAUAAAUAGCAAAGGAGUGUUUCAAACAAAUAGAAAGAAAAAAAAUUAAAAGGGAACUGAUUUUGUAGUCACUGUAAUUCUGACUGCUGCAUAAUAUUAGAAAUUAUUGUACUGUGAAGUUGCAAAAUCAAAAAGGAACAAAUAUAAAUUUCGAUUUUGUGAGUAUAUCAAUAUUUUGCAUGCUUUGUAAGGAUUCUUAUAGGAAUUUAAUAUUGCUUAGUAUCCCUCCCUCCUUAGGUCUGGGAGCAAACCUCUUUGUAAUGUAAUGUACAACUAGAAAUUCCUUCUCUCUUGUGUGUUAUUUCCACGACAUUCCAACUUCUGAACCUGCAAAACAGAAAAUGUGUCUGUAGUAGGAGGUGCUUUUUGGGGGAGGGAGGGAAUGAAGGCAAGGAAACUUGAAGGCUUAAGAUUUUGAUUUUUUUUUAAUUUUGAUUUUCAGUUUUUGCCUGUUUGAAGGUAAAAAUUAGUCACUAUCCUGCCGAACAUUGACUUGAGCCAAGUCGUGCAGAGCAGUAAAGCACACCCGAGUUUUGUUUCUCUGUUUUUGUUCUCCCUUUUCCCUGGUGCAAUCCCACCACAGCAAUCCUUGUACCACAGGCUGCACUCCUGCCAGCUCCCAGCUCGGGGGGGGAUGGCCUUGAGGCAGAAGCACUGCUGAUGACUUCAUGGAAAAGGGGAAAAAAAAAACCCAAGCUACAGCUGGUGGCUGGGUGAUAACCUUUUCCUUUGGUGUUUGGAAUCUGUGGCUGCUCCUUGCAGUGUUGAAACUGGAAAGCAAUACCAUAAUGACUGUGCCAAUUUACUUUUGCCCAACUUUUUUAUUUUUAUUUAUAUAGGAAGUUAAUUUUAAUGUUGAAUUACUGAUCUAUAGUAUGUAACCACGAGAAAAUGGCUUUUGCUUUGGUUACUGUGACAGGUUGUUGCUGUCAGUCUCUCAUUACAAUGCUCAGUUCUAAUGUAACAUUAUCUAACAUGCAGGCAUGUGGAUCAGGGAAAAAUAUGGUAAUUUAACUUAACCCGUUAAUUAUUUCUGUUAAGUAUGAAUAUGUUUUCCCCAAAGCUGGUAAUUUUGGGCUGGAAGAGAUAGUUCAUCAUAUUGCUGAUGAUGCAAUCAAUGGACUGAUUUGAAAUACGAGAAUUGAUUUCUUGAAUUUCCUUUAAUUUUGCAAUUAGGUUUUUUCAAAUAGUCUUAUGUUUUCAGAAAUUUAAAUAUUUCCAAAAGGCUUUUAUGUUCUUUUCCCUGGGGAUGUUGGUUGGAUUUUCUGGUUUGUUUGGGGGGAGUUUUAUUGUGGGCUUUUUUUUUUUUUUUUACUUUAUUUUUUAAUAAGCCUUAUCAUACUUAAACAAAAAGGGAAUUGCAAAACUUGGCUUUAGAGAAGGCCUUCUGAUUUCUCCUCUUAUAUGUUCCCUUGUGAGUUGUGUCAGAAAACCAAACUCUUCCAUUUUCUGUAUCAAAAAAAGUACAAUAUAAACCACUCGAGCAAACUAGCAAAAAGUUACCCUUGAGGUGUGCACUGGGAGUUUCUGCUCUUUCAGUUUCUGGUGUAUUGGAGAGACCUUUCUAGGAAUGUCGCUUUCAGGAACAGGAAUCUCAAACAUUAAAAUUUUCAGCUAAGGAAAUCCAGGUGAUCAGGAGAGUCUGUGUCUCUCCAAGUUUAAGGAGAGGAAUAAGCAUCAGCUUCCUGGCAUUUAGAAAAUGUUUUAAAAUUUUCGUGGGGUUUUUUUAAUACUGAGUAGGUUUUUAAAUGAAAU